AUGUCAACACCAACAAGAACUAAAAAAUUAAUUGUAUCUCCAACAUCUGUUAGAAAAAGGGUUCAAAACCAAAAUUUAACAAAUACAACAUAUUCAACAAAUUCAAAUAGUAGUAGAUAUAGAGAUAGUGAAGAGAAUUUUUUAAAUAGACAACAACAAGAAUUAAAACAAUUACAUGACCAACAAUUAUAUGAAUUACAAGAACUUCAAGAACAACAAAUUAAUGAAAUUGAAGAAUUAAGUAAACAACGUUCAAACACACGUAUUAGAAAUGUAUUUAAAGUUUUAAUUACAAUAUUAGUCGGUAGUAUUAUCUAUGGCACCUACACCAACCAGUUCCAACCGAACCCAAUUGAACCAUUCCAUCUAACUGAACCAAUUGGUCAAACUUGGUUACAUUCUCUAAAAGAUAUUUCCACCAACUGGUACCACAUAUGGAGUGACAGUUUUAAAGAUUUGGCAAGAAUUAAACCAUUAUCUGAAUCGCAAACCAUGCCAGCCGGUCAUAGAUUACACGAAAAACAAAUUCUUGAAAAAACAUUAAGACGACACCAACAAGAACAAGAUAAUAAUAAUAAUAAUAAGAAAACAAUUGAGAAUCAAAUGGAGAGAAUGAAAAGAACAGAUUUGGAAAGAGCAAUUAAGGAGAAAACAUUUUUUCUUGAUCCAACCCAUUAUGUGAAUGAAGAGAUGAUUAAGCAAGAGAUCGAACGUCAAUUGAAGCCACACCCAGGUGCACCAACACCAUACAAUAAGGAUGUUUACAACAGCCAGAAUAUAUACUACCCCUCAAGCGAUGCCAUACCAAUGGUAAGAGAGAAGAUUGAAAAUUUGGAAAACAAAGUACUAGAUUCAGUAGAUGAAGCAAUUUAUAAAUUUGGUCAAAAAUCUAAAGAAUUGUUACACAAUAUUCAAGAGAAAAAAGAACAAAUUAAAGAGAAACUCAAUGACGAACCUUCAAAUAUUGAAAAAGAAUUCAAUUCAUUAAUUAAAGAGAUUGAAAAAGCAAAUUACAAUAUCUUUAAAGAUUUAAAAGAUAAUUAUGGUGAACCAACAAUUGAAAAAUUAAAUGAACUAAGAUAUAAAUUUAAUGAUGCAGCAAGAGAAUCAAGAGAAGUUAUUAAAAAUAAAAUUGAAAGUGCUCAAGCUAUCGAACAAGAAUUAGCCAAAAAUCUUAAAAAACCACAUGCUGAUUCAAAUGGUCAUCCAAAACCAUAUCCACAUCAUCAUUUAUUAAAUCAAGAAAAUCAAAUUGAUGAAAAUUUAAUUAUUGUUUAA